GUAAGUAGCGUGUCUAGAAGUCGUGUUUAGUGCAAAUUUAUUGUUUAAACAAUUGUCUUUUUUCAUUGCUACAUGCUAAACAGUGACAUGGCAUUAAAUAUCCAGACGCAACACUAUUCCCUUUCUUUAUUCUCUAAUGUCUGGGUCACACUCAAAUAUAUCUCGGAUAAAUAUCCAGCUUAAGUUAGAGCGGCUGCCGUUUCCUUGUUGUACCACGACUUUAUUUCUUUUUAUUCUAUUUUAAAUUAUUAAUAAUAGUCCAGGCCAACGGGGUAGUCAGCAUUAUAGGCCGCAUGAAAUAAACAUCUCCAGGCUUUCAUCUAUUUCGCCACACUCAAGCAUUUAUGAAACAUAUUUUUUCUAGCGGCCAUUGUGUUUAUGAUAAGCGUUGAUAGAAAACAUGAAAGUCGCCAGAGUCUUCGGAGAAACUUUACGAAUCUUACUUUUUCUCACACGACCAUUAUCAGAAUAUGUGCUCACCUAUAUCUAUGAAUUAUUUAUGGGAAAAACAAAACAAUUGCCACCUAUAGAAAAUGAAAUAUUGCUUUUAUCAGCAUCUGAACUAGCUCGGAAAAUUCGAAGACGAGAGAUCAGAAGUGAAGAAAUAGUGAGAGCUUACGCAGAAAGGUGCAGAGUGGUAAAUCCUCUAAUUAAUGCAAUUGUGGAUGAGCGGUAUGAUGAUGCUCUCAACGAUGCCAGGGCUGUGGAUAAGUUCUUAAGCAGCACAGAUAAGUCCGAAGAGCAAAUUGCAAAGGAGACACCCCUUUUAGGUGUUCCAUUUUCUUGCAAAGAAGCAAUAGGUGUUAAAGGAAUGACUCAAACUAGUGGAAUAGUUGCUGCAAAAGGAAGAGUUGCCGAAGUUGAUUCUGAAAGCGCUGCACUUUAUAGAAAAGCUGGUGCUAUUCCUUUAGUUGUUACAAUUGUACCUGAGCUAUGCAUGUGGUGGGAGAGCGCUAACUUAUUGCACGGAAUGCCUAGAAAUCCUUACAAUAACACACGCACCGUUGGGGGAAGUACAGGAGGGGAAGGUGCUAUACUAACAGCUUGUGGUGCCGUUAUUGGAAUAGGAAAUGAUAUAGCAGGAAGUAUUCGUCUACCAGCUGCAUUUUGUGGUAUAUACGGACAUAAACCAUCCACAGGUUUAGUGUCCAAUUUUGGUUUUUUCCCAAGUGAUGACCAGGAAAAUGAAAGCGUUGAUGCAUUUGUCAGUACAGGGCCUAUGUGCCGAUACGUUGAAGAUCUUCCUCUUUUGAUGAAAAUUUUAGCCAAAGAUGACAAAAUGAUUCAUCUGAAUAAAGAGGUGGACUUCCGUAAAGUGAAAGUGUAUUUUAUGGAAGGAUUUCCUGAUUUUCUUUUAAAUCCUGUACCUGCUGUGAGAAAAGCCGUUAAAAAAGCAGCAAAGUAUUUUGAAGAUAAAUAUGGAAUUACAGCUGUCUCAUUAAAUAUUGAAGAGUUAGGCGAUUCUAUGACUUUAUGGCAAUGUAAGCUUUUGGAAGCUGGCUGCCCUCCCUUUCCGGUGAUUCUCGCCAACGGAAAUGGUCAAGUGAAUAUGUGGUUGGAACUCAUUAAAAGCCUCUUCAGAAAAUCGGACCACACAUUGCCUGCCAUUUACUAUGGCCUCAUCGAGAAAUGCGAUAAGGAUGAUUUUUACUACGAAUGUCUUAAAAAAUAUAAAACUUUGGAGGAGAAAUUUUCGACAAUUUUCAACGAAGAUGCCAUUUUGUUAAUUCCAACUUACCCUGAACCUGCUCCCCAUUACCUUAUGACGAUUCCCAAAUUCGCCAAUUGUGGCUAUACUUCUAUAUUCAGCAUAUUAGGUUUUCCAUCGACCGCAAUACCUGCGGGUAUGAGCUUUGGUGUCCCGAUUUCAAUCCAAGCUAUCAGUGGAAGGCAAAAGGAUCAUUUGACAAUAUCAGCCGCACUUGAGUUAGAUAAGUUGUUUGGAGGAUGGAAAAGUUCAUGCCAUACCUAAAUUUAACAGGCUUCCCAGAACCAUGUUUUAUGUGGUUGUUUCAUUAGAUUCAAGUUCAUAUUUAUUAGAUUCAUUAUUAUAUUUUGUAAAAAAGCUA